UCUACGUCGUUUACGCUUGUGAUGUUCUUGACUCUUUAUUCAGUGUUCGAAUUUAUUUAUCUUUUUAAUCUAUUGUAAAUUUUUUAAACUUUGUUUUUCUUAGGUUUGGGGGUUGGGGGUUAAUACAAUAUAAAGGACUUUUCUGCUGUACAAGAUGUCUAUAUUUGAGGAUUCAUCUCACUUGGGAUUCAUUAAUGAUCGUAUAAAGAAGGCUGAAAAGAGACUUGAACAGAAUCCAUAUGAUGUCGAAGCAUGGAGUAUCAUUGUUAGGGAUGCACAAAAUAAAAAAAUCGAGGAAGCAAGGCCUUAUUAUGAAAAAGUGGUUACUCAGUUUCCAAGUGCAGGAAGAUAUUGGAAGUUAUACAUCGAACACGAGAUGAAAUCUUCUUUUUCGUUUCAGAUGAAAUCAAGAAAUUAUGAACGAGUUGAAAAGUUGUUUACUCGCUGUCUCGUAAAAGUUUUAAACAUCGAACUAUGGAGAUCUUAUCUUAAUUAUGUAAAAGAGACCAAAGGAGCAUUGCCUUCAUAUCGGGAAAAGAUGGCCCAAGCUUAUGAUUUUGCAUUGGACAAAAUGGGUAUGGACAUAGCAUCAUAUCCCAUAUGGAAUGAUUAUAUCAUCUUUUUAAAGAAUGUAGAGGCUGUUGGAAGUUAUGCUGAAAAUCAAAGAAUUACUGCUGUGAGAAAAGUAUACCAAAGAGGAAUUGUAAAUCCAAUGACAAACAUUGAACAAUUGUGGAAAGAUUAUGUUGCUUAUGAACAAAGUAUAAACCCAAUUAUUGCUGAUAAAAUGAUUCAAGAUCGAAGUAGGGAUUAUAUGAAUGCUCGCAGAGUUGCAAAGGAGUAUGAAGCUGUCACUAGAGGUCUCAACCGUAAUGCCCCUUCCACUCCGCCUCAAGGGCUGCCAGAAGAAAUUAAACAAGUUGAAUUAUGGAAAAAGUACAUCGCAUGGGAGAAGAGCAAUCCAUUAAGAACAGAAGACCAAGCUACUCUUACCAAAAGAGUUAUGUUUGCUUAUGAGCAGUGUUUGUUAUGUUUGGGUCAUCAUCCUGACAUAUGGUAUGAAGCUGCUUUGUUUCUAGAACAGUCAAGCAAACUUUUAACUGAAAAAGGAGACCUUUCUGCUGGUAAGUUGUUCAGUGAAGAAGCUGGCGCUAUUUAUGACAGAGCAACAACUACCUUUCUUAAAACAAAUAUGCUUCUCCAUUUUGCAUAUGCUGACUUUGAGGAGGGCCGUAUGAAAUACGAAAAAGUUCAUCAGAUUUACAACAAGUUUAUUGAAAAUCCAGAUGUUGACCCUACAUUAGCAUACAUACAAUAUAUGAAGUUUGCCAGAAGAGCAGAAGGUAUCAAGGCAGCCAGGACUAUAUUUAGAAAGACUAGAGAAAAUGCUAAAGCUAGAUAUCAUGUCUUUGUUGCUGCAGCAUGGAUGGAAUACUACUGUAGCAAAGACAAGACUGUAGCUUUCAAAAUAUUUGAGCUUGGCCUGAAGAAAUAUGGGGAUAAUCCAGAUUAUAUUUUAGCCUAUAUCGAUUACCUGUCUCAUUUGAAUGAUGACAAUAAUACCAGAGUAUUGUUUGAGAGAGUUUUGUCAUCAGGUAGUUUGCCUCCAGAAAGACAAAUUGAAAUAUGGAAUAAGUUUCUAGAAUUCGAAUCAAACGUUGGUGAUUUAGCAAGUAUACUGAAAGUUGAAAAAAGAAGAGCUGCCGUAAUAGAGCAGUUAAAAGAAUUUGAAGGCAAAGAGACAGCACUUUUAGUUGACAGAUAUAAAUUCUUAGACUUAUAUCCUUGUUCUGCAUCUGAAUUAAAGUCAGUAGGUUAUAAGGAAAUUGCAAAUAAACAUGUAUCUAGUCUUCCAUCUUCAAUUCCCUCAUUCUUAGACGAUGAUAAAGACAAGAAACCACCAUAUCCAAGUCCUGAUCCUCUACAGAUGAUUCCUUUCAAACCCAGGCAAAUAUAUCCAACAGCAGCACAUCCAGUACCAGGUGGCGUAUUCCCACCACCACCAAGUGCAUCCUUCCUCAUGACGAUACUCCCUCCACCUACAUGCUUCCAGGGACCAUUUGUUAAAGUUGAUGAUUUAAUGAAAGUUAUCAAAUUAUGGAGGCUACCUGAGAAUGCUCCACGAAUGGAAAAUGGAUUCUCAAAAGAUAUGGAAAAAUAUUUCGAGCAUGCCAUUAAUGCCAUCAGUGAAGGCAAAAAGAGGAAAAUCGGGGUAGACGGAGUUGAUGAAAGUGAUGAUGAGGAAGGUGGAAUGGCACCACCUGUUAAGGAUGUGUACCGUGCCAGGCAACAGAAAAAAGUCAAGUAAUUCUGCUCAAAAUCAUAAAUAACUGGAUGCUAUGUAUAUAUUAUGUUGGUCUGCAUUACUUCCAGUGUACUAAAUUCAUCUUUUUUCAAAAAAUGUCAUUCCGUCAUUCAAGAAUAUAUGGAGUACAGAAUAUAUGUUUAUGUUUGUAGUACACGUUUCAUUUUUUUAUAGUUCAUCUUUCAAAUUGUCAUACUGCCAUUGUUUUUCGCCGACACGUGAAUGAAAAGACGAAUGUUUGUAAACUGUUCUUGUGCGAGUUUUUUUUUCUAUUUGUGGAUAAUGUACAAAUAAACUAGGUGGAUUUUAUUCCUGACAGGAUAAAAGCAUCUAUAAGAUUUUUUUUUGUAGGCUAUAUUUGUUGUAUUUUAAAAUGACGAAAUACCGAAAUAAAAUCUGGCCCUCCGUUUUGUA